CUCCCGACCUCCUCCCCUUCACAACCAACAGCCCUCCCCACUCUGUCCUCACACCCUUCCCCCCGCCUCUCACGGCCCCGCGCCUGCGUACUCGGCUGAUUCAAUAUGGCCGCGGGCUGGCGCCGGCCCGGCUGUGGUAUCCGGGACCGAGUUCCCGCUGCCCGCUGACAGCGCGUUCGCCCAGCACCACCACCACCCCUUCCACUCUCAUCACCGCCAUGGCCGAGCCGCCACCAUCGGAGGAGUUGGACGUGGCCAAACUCCGUCAGCGCUUAGCUGAGUUGGAAAAAGCCGAGGCUGAUUUUUUGCGAAGCAAGCAGCAGUUGGAAUUUGAGUUUAACCAGAAGAGGGCAAAAUUCAAGGAGCUGUAUCUCGCAAAAGAAGAGGAGCUGAAGCGGCAGAAUGUUGCGUUACAGUCAGCAGAAGGUGAUGUUACUCGGCUGCAAGUCCAACUCAUGGAGGCAACAGCUGACAUGGAGAACAUUAAAGCUGUAGCUACAGUUUCUGAGACCACCAAACAGGAAGCAAUCAAUGACGUAAAGAAGCAAUGGCAGGAAGAAGUUGCUUCAAUGCAGGCUAUCAUGAAAGAGACAGUGAGAGAGUAUGAGAUUCAAUUCCAUCAGCGGUUGGAGCAGGAACGCACUCAGUGGGGACAGUACAAGGAAGUAAUGGAACGUGAGUUGGCUGAUCUAAGGAGGCAAUUGUCUGAAAGACGAGAGGAGGACAGCUUGGAAAAUGACAUGAAGAAAGCUCAGGAAGAUGCUGAGAAGUUGCGGUCAGUGGUACUACCCAUGGAGAAGGAGAUAGCAGCUCUCAAAGAAAAGCUGUCAACAGCCGAGGAAAAGGUCAAAGAAUUAGAAGCCUCAAAGCAGGUUAAGGAGCUGAAUCAUUAUCUAGAAACUGAGAAAUCCUGCAGGACAGACCUGGAAAUGUAUGUUGCUGUCCUCAACACUCAGAAAAGUGUGCUGCAGGAAGAUGCUGAGAAGCUGCGUAAAGAACUGCAUGAAGUCUGUCAUCUUUUGGAGCAAGAAAGACAGCAGCACAACCAGUUGAAACAUACAUGGCAGCGCGCCAAUGACCAAUUCCUGGAAUCCCAGCGUCUUCUGAUGAGGGAUAUGCAGCGCAUGGAGAACGUUCUCACUUCCGAGCAACUUCGACAGGUUGAAGAGCUGAAAAAGAAGGAGCAAGUGGAAGAUGAACAGCAGAACCUCAAAAAAGCCAAGGAGAAUAAACGACCAGACACUGAGGAAGAAAGAUCCAUAAUGAGCUCCCAGUUACAUGUGGAAUCUCCUGCCAAAUCUCUCAGCGUGUUAGAUGUUGAAGAGAUUUGUGGAAAUAGUAUACAUGGUUCUGUGCACUCCUUGGAUUCUGAUUUGUCAGUAUCAAUGGCAGGCUCUGCUACUAAACAAGAGGGGGAGCUGUUCCGAGAGAGCUUAAGAAGGGUGCAGUCCACUGACAGUCUAGGUACUUCGAGCUCCUUGCAAUCGAAGAGUUUGGGCUAUGGACACAAGGCAAAAUCAGCAGGAAAUCUGGAUGAAUCAGACUUUGGACCAUUGGUUGGAGCAGACUCUGUUUCUGAGAACUUUGAUACAGUCUCAGUUGGCUCUUUCCAGAUGUCUGGUUCCUUCAUACUGACAAAAGAUCAAGAAAAAGCAAUCAAAGCACUGACACCUGAGCAAGAAGAAACUGCUUCUCUUUUGUCGAGUCUUACGCAGGUAGUGGACACUGCUCCUAGUGGGUACAGAAUGGUCAGUGAAAAAGAAUGGAAUUUGCUGCAACAGGAGGUACAGAAUGCUGGAAACAAGUUGGGCCGCCGCUGUGAUAUGUGUUCAAAUUAUGAGAAACAGCUCCAAGGAAUCCAAGUACAGGAGGCUGAGACCCGGGACCAGGUGAAGAAGCUACAGGUGAUGCUACGACAGGCAAAUGAGCAGCUUGAGAGAACAAUGAAGGAGAAACAGGAGCUGGAGGAUUAUGUCAAACAGAGCUCCGAUGACACUAGUAGCCAGGUCACUCGGCUGGUCCAGCGCGCACAAGAUGCUGACACCUUACUUACCAGCAUUCAGCAGUUGUUUUCCCAAGCCAAGCGAAGCACCCAGGAGCAAAUGGCGGUGCUGAUACGGUCACGGGAACAAGUGUCUGAGGAACUGAUGCGACUGCAGAAGGAAAAUGAGAGUCUUCAGGGGAAGCAUAGCCUACACUCGUCUGUUCUUCAGGGAGAGAACUUCAUUCCACCAGACACAGUGGAGGAACUGCAUGAACUAGUGCAGAAAUAUCGUGAAAAUAUUGUCAGCGUGCGGACAGCAGCUGAUCAUCUAGAGGAGAAACUAAAGGCAGAAAUCCUUUUCCUGAAGGAGCAGAUACAGGCAGAACAGUGUCUUAAGGAGAACAUUGAAGAAACGCUACAGCUGGAAAUAGAUAAUUGCAAAGAGGAGAUUGCAUCUUACUCCAGUUUAAAGACUGAAUUGGAGAGAGUGAAAGCAGAUAAAGAUCAGCUUGAAACCAGAAUGCAAGAAAAGAUCCAGUACCUGGACAACCUUGAAGAGGUGAAUAACAGCUUGCAAGAGCAACUGAAGAAGGAGGGUGAUGCAAAGACCAGCUUAGAACAAUUGCUGUAUGAAGAGAAGAAUAAAGGUCAGAGGUUACAGACUGAGCUUGAUGUCAGUGAACAAGUACAAAGAGAUUUUGUCAAACUAUCCCAGACAUUACAGGUGCAGUUGGAGCGGAUUCGCCAGGCAGACUCACUGGAUAAUGUCCAUGUAAUCCUGAACGACACAAAACUGACAGAUAUUAAUCAGCUCCCAGAGACAUGACAUUAAACUGUGGAGAUUGAGGCUACAAUAGUUUUUAACUCAACCAGACACUUGUCUUUGUAGAAACAUGUUAAUUCUUAUUUAACUCAGAAGGAUCAGAACCUAUGGAUUAAUAGAACCUAGUAAUUGAGGUGUAAAUGUUUCUAGAUUGACUUUGUACAGGGCGCCUGACUGCAGUUUGAUUCCCAAUUCAUGACAUUGCAACAGGGGAACACUACUGAAGUUUUAAAUUUAAAUCAUAUGAUGAGAAAAGAUCACCGAGUGUAUGCCACGUGUAAACUUUGAAAAUCACUGAUUUAAGAAUUUCCAGUCUUGGAGUAAACACAUCUAUUCUGUUGCUCUUCUAUUUAUACCAUUUAGUCCCUUGUGUGUUUCAUGUACAUUCACUAAAAUGGCAUUAGACAGUCAUAAACCUUCAGCUCAUGCUUUUACUUGAAGUUUGUGUUUAGUACUGAGAAAAGUGUGAACAUUUGGUUUAGCCAGUUUUCUUUUACGAAUGGUACUAACUCUAGAAUCUGCUCACCUUCUCGCAUACUGCCAGCUCCUCCCACUAGCAGACAAUGUUUCAUUUGAAUUUAUUUAUUGUACUUGUUGUCCUUGCCAGUUUUAAAAAGAUUUGGGGAGAAGAGUACCUAGUUAACUAAUUUAUUGACUAAGAAUUGUUGACUUGCCUUGUACAGACAGAAGCAAUUGAACCAGAUUUUUAAUGAUUUAAAAACAAUAAUUUUGCUUGACUAAGUUUGUUGACUACAAUUCUUAAGAUUUAAUAAUUUGCAAACAAAUACACAAUUAAUAUUGGAACUAAAUAUUACCAGUUGAAUUCUUAUUCAGCAUUCACAAUUGUUGUUCAGCUGGUUUUUGAGGGUAUUGUUUUAGGAUGGAGUAUAAAGUGAUGUGAUCGUGCUUGAUUUAGCCCUUCCUUUACUAUCUUUGAAGAGUGAACCUGGAGGCUUGGAAUAAUCAGAUCAGAAGACUUGGACGGCCCUGCAGAUUUUAUAUUCUCAUUGUCACCCUCUUACAUGUACAUCAAAGCAAAUUUAGGUUUUCAACACUCACCUGACCACAUUUAAAGAGAGUUCAGGCAAUUAAAGUUCAAACUUUGAUGACUGGCCUUGGAUUCUGUACACACCGCUUUCCAUGCCCCAAACUACAAUUUGAACAGGCCACAAGGAAGAAAGUGACUGCAGUACUGGGAGAGUGGAUGACUUCACAUCUUGAGCUGUGAACAGCUGUUUAAGCACAGCAUUGAAUUUGCAGUCUGGGCUAAGGUAUUCCAGAAUUGUAAAUUGUUAAGAUCCAUGGCACAGGAUGGUAUUU